AUGGCACCUCUCCCACCGCAGUACGAAAUUCGCGUUCUUGGACCAGAACAUGAGGAAUGGGCCCGAGCAAUUUGCAUUCAAACAAAUCUAUUCCACUCCCCGCUUUGGCCAGUUGUUUAUCCUGAGAAGAAAACCCAACGAGCCUAUCAGACUUUUCGAAAUGCGCACUAUUUAAUCAAGCACCAGAUCGAUUCAGGGAAAUCACUUGGUAUCUUUGACAAAGAAUACCAGUACAAGCGACCCGAGUCUGUAGCCACUGGGGGCAAGCUCUACUGGAAUCUGGAUGACGAGAAUGCCACUGAAGUCGAGCUUGCGGAGCAAAUGGAUUUCCCACUAGUCUCAAUUGCCAUGGCCUAUGAUGGCAUUGAUGAGCUAGACGUGGCUCAGAUAGAACCUCUGGUGGCAACACUGCCCUUGUUCGGAACAGUCUAUCACGCCCUCGAGGAGCGCGACCAGCGCGAUCCUGCAUCGUGGAAGCCCACUGCCCGCGGACAAGUAUUGAUGCGCAACGCUACCAACACCGUCAAAUCUCAUUCCGGUCAUGGACUUAUGAGGCUGCUGGCUGAAGAGAUGAUGAGACGUUCCGCAGCUGAAGGAUACCGGGGUAUCCAAAUCGAGAGUGUUUCUGAGGCUGUGCAAAAGGUGUGGUCAAAACCGCCGGCACCGUUCAAGGGGACUAUCAUUGCGCAGAUUCACACAACGACAUAUGAAGAGAAAGACGAGGAAGGGGAAGUUGUGUAUCCGUUGCGACCGGCGAAUGUGAAUAUUACCAAGAUUUGGGUCGAUCUCCAGGCUUCGGAUUAA